AUGUUGUUUCCCAACAUUUGUGCCGCCACGGUAGUUCUCUCUACCUUGGUCGCGGGUUAUCCUCUCACAGCAAACGACGAGAUCCUCUCCCAGCUCUCAGCAAGAACAGCACCCCCAACAAUAGUAAUAGAAACCUCACGAGACCCCCCUCUCUCAAAGAGAGGUGGCCCAAUCUCCAAACUCUUUGGGAAAAAGAAGCCAAAGCCAAAGGGACCAACAAUUGAUAUGAUAAAUCCGCCCGCCUAUUCAGCAGAGGAAUUAGCAGACAUGGCACGUAUCAGGAAAGCCAUGGACAGCAUAAUUUAUUCGGACAAAAGACCAGCUUCAUCCGCAAAGAGGCCGCCGUCUGCCGCCCCGGCAGACCCUCAAGCGAAGCUGGGUCGGAGAUCUUUUCAAAAGAGAGGAGGAUCAUUCAGCCUCUUUGGAAAAUUCAAAUUGGAUAAGAACCCAGCGGCCGACGAGGCAGAAAUUGAACGUCUCCGAAAUGUUCUCGAUCAAAGAUUCGGCAAGUCAACCUCGGAAGCCACAUGA